GCCGCACCUUAUUUACAGCUCUUGAUGAAAACCGACGUUGGUUGCUUGAAGUCUCUUCUACUGCGGUGCCUGCAUGUUCUCUAUUGUUACUAUUUAAGCAAGUUUUGGGUGAGAAUUAUUCUACUUCUCUUCGCCUACUUACACGGAAUUUAGAAGCUACCUUGAAUAUAACACUUCCGAAUACUUAUUUGUAUCAAGAGAAACUGGUAUCGCAAUGAUUAUCCCCCAGGAUUUUUCAGAGGCCACUACCCAAGUAGCUACCGUCCUAAGGCCCCCCAAGACAAGCCAUACGCCGUUACCUACCGUGAUCCCAGACAUUCCUCGAGUUUAUUACCAAACUUCCAGCGAAGUAGGCCAUAGGACUCUAUGGGUCGUUUGCGUUUUAAUGGGGUUGUCUUCGAUAGCCUUCUAUAUAAUGGCUAUGAGGGUGCCCGUGCAAAAACGCCUUUUUCAUGUCUUAACGGCUUUAGUCACCACAUUUGCCUUCUUGUCGUACUAUGCCAUGGCUACGGGUGACGGGAUAGCUUCACACACGUAUGUGUCCGGCAGAUCGAGACAUGGGGCUAUCACGGAAGUUGUUAAACGUGAUGUCUAUUGGGCCCGCUAUUUGGACUGGUCACUUACUACGCCGCUCCUAUUGCUGGACCUGUGCCUUCUUGCUGGUCUUAAUGGUGCAAGCAUCUUGGUGACCGUGGUAUCGGACGUAAUCAUGAUUUUGACUGGCCUCUUUGCGGCCUUCUCGAGAGAUGAGGCUCAGGGGUGGGGAUGGUAUACCUUUGCUUGUAUAGCCUACCUCAACAUUAUCUACCAAGUCGGUUAUAAGGGGCGUCAUGCCAUGUCGACUAGAGACAACAACACCAGGACUUUCUUUGCAGCUAUAUCGCUCUUCACGCUACUCCUAUGGACGGCAUAUCCAAUUGUAUGGGGCAUUGCUGAUGGCGCUCAUCGCGUGAACGUUGAUGGCGAGAUCAUCGCCUACGCCGUUCUUGAUGUCCUAGCAAAGGGGGUAUUCGGCUUCUGGCUACUACUUACGCAUGAUAAUAUGACCCGAACGUCGCCCUCCAUUGACGGGUUUUGGUCGCACGGCGUCUCUCGCGAUGGCGCGAUUCGUGUGGGAGAAGGGCGCACACUUGAUGAGAACUAAGUAGUAUCUUGCCUGUAUGGGUUCUAUCUAGCACCGCGAUUGCUGAUGAAAUCGUGUUUUCGGAAGUAUGAAAUCUCGGGGAUGAAAUUCGUAAAGACUAAAUGGUUCGUUAUAUGAUUUUCCCCUUUAUACUUAGAUCUAAAAAUGUCGAGGCAUUGUUACGGUAAUAUGUACUGCGAUAUACCGGUCUUCACUGCGUCUUUUCUUCUUUUGUGUUGAGCCUCGGGUUCUUCGUUUAACAUUCCACUACGACGUUAUAUCUUCAAGAUUGAGAUGAAAUUUGACUUGCAGCCGUAUAUACUCCAACCUAUAGUG